AUGGUAGCUGCUACAAGUGAAGAAAUGGUAGCUUUGAGUACCACUCAAAUCAACGACGUUUUCAAACGGUAUUGUCCUACACCGGUGAUGGUGAUUGUAGAUGUGAGACCCGAUCGGGGGAUCGCAAAGGGAUCUGUAACAUAUGCUUAUUUUGCGAUUGAAGAGAUCAAAGUUGAAUGCAAGUUGGAUGUAUAUGAAUCGGUGAGCUGCUCAAAAGGAAUUUACCUUCAUGAAGCUGACCUCGGGCUCAUUCACGGAGAUUUCAACGAAUUCAAUAUUCUCAUUGUUACUUAUAAAGAGGAUGAGAAGGCUGAAACAAUCCUGAUUGAUUUCCCUCAAAUGGUACCUACUGAACACACAAACACAGAGCUACCUUCUUUGGUAGUUAUACUUAACAGGGAUGUAAAGUGUAUUUGUGCCUCUUUCCUUUGUAGGUUUAGGUAUCGGUCAAAGCUACACCCAAUUUUUAAUUUUGCAAUACGAGAGGGGAAGCGAGUGCGUGCUCAAAUUUUGGCCAGUUCAGGAGCUACUUUCUCUUCUGUUGAACGAUAA